GUAGGGAGAACACAAGGUCUGUUACGAAAGUCAUCACCAGCAAUGAUUUCCACGCCAAUAUUUUAGAUGAGAAGUACGACUUGUGACAUUCAUAGAUAUCACGAAGUGCUAGUAAUCGUGAUACGUGAAGAAAAUGACUUUCAAUAUCUGCUAACGUAUAAAAUACCUGACAAUUCCAGAGCAGCCGUCAGUAGAGUGUUGUGCUAUGAAGAGAAUCAUCAUAGAGUAAUUACUGAGUUCAGUCACCGACAAGUGUCACAUUGUAAAUCGUUUGAAAGUGCACUUUACUAAAACGUAUAAGCAAGUGCUAAUUAUUUUCUCAAAAUGGAUAAUCAAAUUCCCUCCCUUUGCCCGAGACUAAACAAGCCUAGAAAGUUUCCCAAGAAACCAGUCACGAUUUGUUACAAUAAAGCAGCUGCAGUUCAAGUUGACAGAACUGCAUACGACAAAGCGAGACACGAUGCGCUUCUCGGUGACGUCAUUGAGAAAAUUACCGUGCCCAAAAAAUCAGCGAAAACAUGGAAAAUGCUGAAAGGUGAUCUCUGCAGAGUUACGGUGGUCGAAGGAUCUCAGGUGGGUGACAUGAAUUUUUGGAAUCUUCACAAUCCCAAGGAAAGAUUUUACUCCGGCAAAACCAGACAACUUCAUGCUUCUCAUCUGACAACUUACGACAGACUUUGGAGCAAUAUGCCGUACGUAAGGCCAAUGGCUACUGUCAUUGCUGAUUCCUUAUCAAGAUAUGGAAUCGACGAAGAUGGGGCUAGUGUCCAUGACGUGAUAGGCACCAGGUGUGACAGUUACACCAUCGAAUUAAUAACCGGUAAGAAAUCCCAUGACUCCUGUCACACUUACUUGACACGUGCUGCCCAAGAUGCAGGACUGACCGAAGAUGACGUCCACGACGUGUGGAACAUAUUUAUGUGCACUGGAUUUACUAAGGACACUCAUCAAUAUUUUUGCAAGGCAAGUCCUGCCAGAAAGGGUGAUUACAUCGAAUUUAUUGCCGAUAUGGAUUUAAUCGUUGGUUUGAGUGCGUGUCCACAUGGAGACGUUUCUGUUCCUGUGGGACUGGAAGUUCCAGAUGAAAUAUGUCAUCCGCUGGGGGUUGAGAUUUUUCGCAAAAAAAAUUAAUAAAAUUUUGUCUUACACUCAAAAUUGUCUACUUUUGCAGUCUUGGUGUAAAAUAUAUUUUUGAAAAAAGA